GAAAGGUAUUAAAGCUAAAAUAAAUUCUGAUUUGGAAAAGGAAAUAAAUUUUAAAUCCAAAAAAUUAAAGUUAGAGGAUCAAAUUAAAGAGUUAGAAAACAAUAGCGAUCUAAAAAUUUUGCAAACAAUAUUAGAUGAAUUAACUCAAGAAAAUAUAGAAUUAAAAAAUUUAAUUCACGAAAAGUCUAAAUUCAUAAUAGAGCUAAACAAACGAAUAAUUUUUUCAAGGUCUAAAGAGAAAAGGGAUAAUGAAUUAAAUAAAAAGAUUAAAAAAAUAGAAUAUGACAUAAUAGCUAGCAAGAGAAGUGCUAAAGAAUUUGAAUUAAUCAAUCAACAAUUUCAAAAGCGAUAA